GCGGAGCAGGGAGGGUCGGCGGAGCGGAGCGCCGGCCCAGGCGGGCGCGGGCACUAAUCCCUGCCUCUCUCUCUGUCUCCCGGUGUCUUUGCUCCGCCCCUGCCCCCCGGACGCAGGAGGAGAACGACCCCAGCGCGGAGCGGCCACCCGGUGACCAUGCCCCGGUGAGGGGGUCGGACUUCGAGGGCAAGUCGGCGCGGACUACUGGGGGCAUAGCCGGCGAGCGGCCGGGGGCCCGGAACUGCACGGCGAGGCCCGGCGGGGGGCUGUCGUCUAUGUCUUCUUGGGGCGCACGGAGGAUCGGGGUCUCACUUGUGCCGGAAGAGCCCAGCGCCGGUGGCUUCAGGUGGCUGCCGCCGCCGCCGCUGCUGGUGCUGUUCCCAGCGCUCGGGAGAAGAGCCGAGACGGGCGAGCGGGGAGACCUCCAGGGCGGCGAGGCAUCGGACAUGUGUCAGCACAUCUGGGGCGCACAGCCGUCCAGCCCGAGGGGAGAUUUGCCGGAACAAUUCAAACUGCGCUAUUGAUCUUGGGGGUGACUGUCCCCGGCCGCCGGCUGUCGGGUGGGCGUGCGAGUGUGCGCUCGGGAGUGUGUGUAUGUGUGUGCCGUGUGGGGCUCCCCCCUUCCCCCCUGUUUUCCCGUCGAGUGAUGCACUUGGAAUGAGAAUCAGAGGAUGGAAAUAGUCUGGGAGGUGCUUUUUCUUCUUCAAGCCAAUUUCAUCGUCUGCAUAUCAGCUCAACAGAAUUCACCAAAAAUCCAUGAAGGCUGGUGGGCAUACAAGGAGGUGGUUCAGGGAAGUUUUGUUCCAGUUCCUUCUUUCUGGGGAUUGGUGAACUCAGCUUGGAAUCUCUGCUCUGUGGGGAAACGGCAGUCCCCAGUCAACAUCGAGACCAGUCACAUGAUCUUCGACCCCUUUCUGAUGCCCCUUCGCAUCAACACCGGAGGAAGGAAGGUCAGUGGGACGAUGUACAACACUGGAAGACAUGUGUCCCUCCGCCUGGACAAGGAGCACUUAGUCAACAUAUCAGGAGGUCCCAUGACAUACAGCCACCGGCUGGAAGAGAUCCGGCUACACUUUGGGAGCGAGGACAGCCAAGGUUCGGAGCACCUCCUCAAUGGACAGGCCUUCUCCGGGGAGGUGCAGCUCAUCCACUAUAACCAUGAGUUAUAUACAAAUGUCACAGAAGCUGCAAAGAGUCCAAACGGAUUGGUGGUAGUUUCUAUAUUUAUAAAAGUUUCUGAUUCAUCAAACCCAUUUCUUAAUCGAAUGCUCAACAGAGAUACUAUCACAAGAAUAACAUAUAAAAAUGAUGCAUAUUUACUACAGGGACUUAAUAUAGAGGAACUCUAUCCAGAAACCUCUAGUUUCAUUACAUAUGAUGGGUCGAUGACUAUCCCACCCUGCUACGAGACAGCCAGUUGGAUAAUAAUGAACAAACCUGUUUAUAUAACCAGGAUGCAGAUGCAUUCCUUACGCCUGCUCAGUCAGAACCAGCCAUCUCAGAUCUUCCUGAGCAUGAGUGACAACUUCAGGCCGGUCCAGCCACUUAACAACCGCUGCAUCCGCACCAACAUCAACUUCAGUUUACAAGGAAAGGACUGUCCAAACAACCGGGCCCAGAAGCUGCAGUAUCGAGUAAAUGAAUGGCUCCUCAAGUAAAGAACAAGGCCACGAAGAAUCACGCCUCAGUGAAAUGCUACAACUGUGAAUCGACGUAACCUAGAAUGCCCCCCUUUUCUCUCUCUCCUUCCCUCUGCCAAGCCUCAUUCACUCUUGGGAUUGGCCCUUUCUUCAUGGAAGUGGCUGUAAAACCAUAGCUGAGAAACAGAUCUCCUACAUACACACACACACGCACAUACACACAUACAUGCACUCAGACAUACCCACAUGCAUAUGUUUACACAGAGGUAAACAUAGCUACAUACUCCCACAACCUCCAUGCAGGAAAAGUCCAGUUUCAAAAACAAAAGAUUCGUUCAUAUGAGGUCUGAGAAGAAAACAACUUCAGUUAACCUGAUUGCAAUUUUAAUACUGUUUUCCUGAACUAAUAAAUGUACCUAAUGAGACUUUUUCAGCCUUUGUACAUACACAAAUCUUCCAAGAGUGAGAGGGGAGAAAACACAGCCUUGACAGCAUCAAGAGAACUCUGUUUUCAGCAUCUAAUAAUCUCAGAUGGUGUCCUAGGAUCCUCAUAGGGUGCUGGUGACAGGCAAAACUAGGACAAAGACAACCAAGGACACUUAUUUCUAGAUUAUGAUUCUUCUGUUUACUCAACAAUUUACAAAAAAAAACAAAAAAAGGACAGACAUCGACGAGAUACACAUUGUAUAUAUCUAUCACCGCAGACUAUAAAGAAAUGGAAUUAUUUCCCUCUUUGUCACAUAUCUGUAGUAGGAUUUGCCAAGAUCAGAAUUGAUCCAUUUGCUGUUUCUUGUUUUCCAGAGGUCAUACAUUGUGUUUGGUUAUUGUUAACAGCUCAAUAAAUGUGUUUAACAAGUUCAUUUCCCUUUUCUUGGCUUUGGUCUGUUCUUUGCAGGCGAAGCUCUGGCUCCAUGCCACCGCAUUCCUAUGAUUUCACCUGUUCUUCCAUCCUCAUAUAUGGUUUCAUUUGAAGCCAGUUCUUAACAGUUUGUGGCAAUCAGGAAUGCAUUUGCUAAGCAAGUAUCCCUUUAAUUCCACUCCAUGGCUCGAUCAUUCAUACAAGGUGAGCUUCGGCCUGAGACCGCAGGCUACAGAUUUCUUGCGUUUUUUUGAAACUGCCAUCCCCCUCCCUUUGUGAUGCUCCCUUGAAGGAAUGCACUUUGCCUUGUAAAUUCCUGGGAAAGGGGUGUCUUUUCUCUCCGGGUGCGGUGAGAUCUCACAAAGUACAAACGAAUGCCUUUCUUUUCUUGUUUAUAAUGGUCACUCACUGUGUUUGGUUACUGUCAAGAAAUCAAUAAAUGUGUUUAACAAGUUACCCAG